UACCUAGUGAAUUCUUAAAUUAAGUAAAAUACACAAUCUUAUACUAGUGAAUUAUCGAUUGAGUUCGGGCAGAAAAUAUUUUUUGCUACUGCAGGAAUAUUGCGAUACGGCCUAAGAAAAGACCGAGAAAGGUGCUUAAACUACGUUAAAUCGACAAGUGAAGGUGAAAAUUAAACUAAAAAUGUUGGUUUAAGCUUAUGAACUACAGUUAUGAUCUAAUUAGACACAGGAAAUACAGCUACAACUUGGACAGAACAUUUAGACUAAAACGUUGAGCGGUAUAGAAUCACUACAAGUAAGGAACGAUCUCAUACUCAAUCUAAUUACAAAUAAUUUCAAAUAUGACAUUUAUAUUAGGAAUUUUGUAAUUCAAUAAAACUGAAUACAUUGAAUUGACAAAAUCUCGAUUCGCUUGCUACCGCACAACAUCUUACAAAAUUCUUGUAAGCACGUCGAGGAUGUCUCGCAAAUCGUCAACCAGAUCCAGGUCGGAAUUGAGUUCUGUCAUGGGUGCGGUAAGCCAACUUUUCGGUACAGGCGAUGUGGGUAGCGCAGCAGACAAGGACACGGGAACUCCAAUAACCGAUGCAGAUGUAGUUGCCGGGAUCAACAGUCUCACUAUCGUGACCAACGCGAAACGCGGAGCGAAGGACUCGAUGAAAUCGGCAACAGGCGCAAAGAGCGAUGCAGCUGUGGUAAAAGUAGUUCCUCCCCCUCCUAGUCCUCAGGUAAAUCUUGACGUUGCCAAUACCAGACAGGCCCAUGUAAAGGGAGCCAUACCCAAAAUAAAGGUUAGUGCUACUACUAAAGUCAAUCCCGUCCGGUCGUCAAAUAUUGUCGUUAACGCGAGACCCAACGCUCGACUUGAUCUGAACCAACGCGUUCAUAUAACUCGGUACAGUCAUUGCGAGUUGUGUAGUGAACGUGAUACUAGUAGAAUGGUGCAGUGUGAUGGUUGCGAUAAGUGGUAUCAUUUCUCUUGUGUAGAAGUGACUAGUGGCAUAGCGGACUACAGCUGGAUUUGUCCAAAGUGUCCAUACAUGCAUUUCGGCGCAAGUCAUCAAGAGCAGCAGACACCAAUGCUCCAGCAGAUUCAACCGGUAGAUCCACCCCCCAACUCUGUAAGUUCAAAGAAGUCCACCGGAAAGGCAAGCAGUAACCGGAGCAAUCAACGGAAGGUCGAUCGACUAUUGCAGAAGCUGGAAGAGCAGAAGCAGUUGGAACAAAAGUUUUUGGAUGAAAAAUACCGCAUUUUGGAUGAAGAGGACGCUGACGAUGAAACUGUCGCCAGUGAUGAUGAUGUAGGAUCCGAGGAGAUGUCCAAAGUGAGAGGAUGGCUGAGAGAUACGGAAAAGUGUGGUGAAGAUUAUGAUUCCGGUCUGGUGGAAGAAGAGUCGAACGAUGAUCAAGUGCAAGCUGUCAUUCAGCAGGCACCGACUAUGGGGCAGACGGAACCGCAAUCAUCUCUACAUGGUUUCGUUCCUAACCAACGUUCAACGCCUCAAGAGACCGUUCGUAUGGAUCCGAGGUUGAGGAGCCGUGUAAUGCAACCUUCCGUUCCAGCACCGAUCCCUGAAAGCCUGUUCCGCCGACCACCGGCACCAGUUCCAGAGGAGCCAUUUCGUCAGCCUGUUGUUCCAGAUACCCAGUUCCGUCAACCACCAGCCACAGCUCCAGGAGUCCAGUUCCGUCAACCACCAGCCACAGCUCCAGGAGUCCAGUUCCGUCAACCAUCAGCCAUAGUUCCAGAAGUCCAGUUCCGUCGACCACCGGCACCUGUUCCAGAAGGCCUGCUCCGAAGGUCGCCUUCGCACACGCUUCCAGAAGACCAGUUCUACCGACCACAAGUACUUCGGUCAGCUGCAGCUUUAGAAACACAUAACUACCUGCCACAGGAUCUUCGGCCUGCUCCAGCUCCAGGAAUCCAGUUCCAUCAUUCGCAAGUCCCUCGAGUGGCUCCAGCUCCAGGAGUUCAGGGCAUUCGGCCGCCACCUGCUGCACCAAAUGAACACUUCUGGCCAGAACCAACAAUCGUCCCGGAAAGCCAGUAUCGUCAACCUUCAGGGUCAAGGAAUGAAAUGCUUCAAGGAGAUUCAACAUCCCGAGGUUUCGGAAAUCCGGAACCAGCUGCUCGCAAUGUCGAAGAGAACGUGUGCAUCCUCAACCGAAGCCAGUUAGCAGCACGUCAGGCUGUAUCCAAGGAGUUACCGGAGUUUUACGGAAAUCCUGAAGAUUGGCCGCUGUUCUUCUCCAUGUACAACUCUUCAACGAAGAUGUGUGGCUUCUCCAACGAAGAAAACAUGCUUCGGCUUCGAAAAUGCUUGAAGGGCAAGGCUCUAGAUGCUGUACGAUGCCGGCUACUCCACCCAUCCAACGUUAUCGGUGUAAUUUCUACGUUGAAAAUGCUAUAUGGAAGACCAGAAGCAAUCGUUCAGGCAUCAGUUAGGAAGAUUCGGUCAUUACCAUCGCCACAAGUGGAAAAACUCGACACUCUUGUCAAUUUUGCAUUGACGGUCGAAAACUUGGUAGCUACGAUAGAGGCAUGCGGCGUCGAAGAUUUCGUAUACAAUGCGUCUUUGAAAUGUGAGCUAGUGGAUCGUCUUCCUCCUGGGCUGAAGCUGGAUUGGGCGAAGUAUUCCAGAAAUAAUGCAGCACCAAAUCUGCUUGAUUUCAGUUAUUGGCUGUACUCGAUCGCGGAAGAUGCUAGUUCAGUUAUGCAAACUUCGUUCAGCACGCAAAGAAGUCGUGGAGCAAAGAAUGAUGGAUUUAUCAAUGUCCACUCUGAAGCAGAAUCAGAACUGUCCCGAUCAGCAGCUGCAAAGACUCGGGGUAUCCACGGAUCAUCAUCAGCGCCAAUGACAGAAUGCAUCACAUGCCGAGGUCAUUGUCCGUCAGUUGCAAAGUGCAAAAGAUUUGCUGAGUUAAGCCUAGUUGCAAAGUGGGCUGUUGUACGAGAGAGAAAGCUGUGUCGCAAAUGUCUGCGUAAGCACAAUGGAUCAUGCAGGCAGCAAAAACCGUGUGGGAUCAAAGGAUGCAUCUUUUUGCAUCAUCCGUUGUUGCACAAUGACCACCAGGAGGUUGAAAAGGAACGUUCUGGCCAAACCUUUGCUACCGGAAGUUGCAAUAUUCACCAACUUCAAACUAGCGAAGUCCUGUUCAGGAUUGUUCCCGUGCUAAUCCACGGUCCAUCAAAAUCCAUCCAGACAUACGCGUUCAUAGACGACGGUUCAGAGCUGACACUGACGGAAGAUAGCCUUGCAGAGGAGCUUGGCGUAAAGGGGCCUCGAACACCGCUGUGCUUAAAAUGGACGGGUGGUACCAAGAGAGUGGAGAAUGAAUCCCAGAAGGUGGAUGUGGAAAUAUCAGCCAUCGGAAAUACCUCGAAGUCGCACAGGAUGUCCAACGUACAUACGAUUCAGAACCUACAACUUCGGCCGCAAACGUUAGUGUAUUCUGAGUUACUGCAACGGUAUCAACACCUCGGUGGACUACCUGUCGAAUCCUACAGUAACGUAUGUCCUCGAAUCCUGAUUGGGCUUGACCAUGCGUCGCUUGGGCAUGCUAUGAAAAGUCGAGAAGGAAAGCCAUACGAACCUAUCGCCGUCAAAACACGCUUGGGAUGGAUAAUCUACGGGAGUUGUUCACGAACACAGCGAAACCAAAACUACGUGAAUGUCCAUACGAUUAAAGUAUGUGAGUGCAAUCUUGAUUCCGACGAUAACCUGCACACCGCAAUGAAGAACUACUUCACUCUAGAUAGCCUUGGAGUGGCAAAACCAGAAAAGAUUUUGCGGUCAACGGAAGAACAACGUGCCUUGGAAAUGCUCGAAAAGCUGACAAUCCCAAAAGAAGGGCGGUACGAAACGGGACUCCUCUGGAAGUACGAUGAUGUUCGCUUUCCAAGUAGCAAAGGAAUGGCUUACAGAAGAUGGCAGUGUUUAGACCGGCGCAUGAAGCGGGAUGAGGAGUUUGCAAAAACCGUGACGACGAAGAUGGAUGAAUACGUGGAUAAACGCUACGUUCGGAAGUUGUCGGAUGAUGAACUCAAUAUGCAUCAGUCUAAGGAAUGGUACUUACCCGUGUUCCCUGUUGUGAACCCCAACAAACCGGGUAAGGUACGGCUAGUCUGGGACGCAGCUGCUCCUGCUUAUGGCGUUUCACUCAAUUCGCUGUUACUCAAAGGCCCUGACCUUUUGACGUCGCUACUUGCAGUUCUCGUCCAGUUUCGUGAAUUCCGGAUCGCAAUUUGCGGGGAUAUCCGGGAGAUGUAUCUGCAGGUUCUACUGAGGCAAGAUAUUCGACUGUGCUUCUUCUGGAAGGGCGAUGAAGGCAACGCGGAUCCUAAGGUGUACAUCAUGUUGGUGUUACCGUUCGGAGUGUCGUGUGCUCCAAGCAUUGCGCAGUACGUCAAAAACACCAACGCCCAACGGUUUGAGAAGGACCAUCCCACCGCUGUUCAAGCUAUCGUCGACCAGCAUUACGUAGAUGACAUGCUUGUAAGCGUGGAAAGCGAGCAAGAAGCAGUGGACCUCGCACGGGAUGUAAAGAAAAUUCACCAUGAAGCCGGCUUUGAAAUGAGGAACUGGAUCUCAAAUAGCCCGGAUGUUUUGGAGGCGUUACAUGAACGAAAUACGGAAGAGAAGGACCUUAAUAUGGCAGAAGGAGUGAUAACCGAGAAAGUGCUCGGAAUGUGGUGGAAUACGUCCACUGAUUGUUUCACCUUCAAGGUUUCUCCACGGUACGAUCCUGAGCUAAUGUCGGGGCAGCGGACACCAACGAAGCGCGAAGUGCUCAGAACCUUGAUGAUGAUCUUCGAUCCUUUAGGACUCAUUGGCCACUUCUUGAUGUUCCUGAAGGUGGUACUGCAGGAAAUUUGGAGAACAUCCGUCGGAUGGGAUGACCCGAUCGAAGAAAAACAGUUUGAGAUGUGGAUGCAAUGGCUGAAGGUCCUUCCUGAAGUGGCAAAGGUAGAAAUCCCGCGGUGCUACAGGACGGCUACAUCUGUUGGAGGUUCCAACGAAGUACAAAUGCACAUCUUCGUCGAUGCUAGCGAGAAGGGUUUCGCGGCGGUGGUGUAUCUGCGAUUCAAGGAGGGGCCCAUCAUCGAAACUGCGCUGGUUGGAUCGAAGACUCGUGUUGCACCAAUCAAAUUUCUGUCGAUUCCGCGCUCGGAGCUUCAAGCUUGCGUUAUCGGAGUCAGGUUUGCGAACAGCAUAGCACAGUCACUGUCUAUCAAGGUGAAUAGACGCUACUUCUGGACGGAUUCCAGUGACGUCAUCAGCUGGCUCAAAUCCGAUCAUCGUCGGUAUAGCCAAUUUGUUGCUUUCCGAGUGAGUGAGAUACUAGAAGCUUCGGAAGUUUACGAGUGGCAAUGGAUCCAAACUAAAAAGAACGUUGCUGAUGAUGGCACGAAGUGGAAACGGGUGCCUGACAUGACUAGAACUAGCCGAUGGUUUAACGGACCGGAAUUUCUCAAGAACAUUGAAGGAGAAUGGCCUGUGGAACUACACAUCGAAGGACCUACUACGGAGGAACUGCGCCCACAUUUGCUCGUUCACGUCAAAUUACCGGAGCCAAUCAUCGACCUCCAAAACUGCUCUAAAUGGACUCCACUUGUCCAUCGAACUGCAUACGUGUUUCGAUUCAUCGGGAACUUGAGGACAUCCAGACCCGAAGAAAGAACUAUUGGAGUGUUGACGAGUUCAGAGCUAGCUACGGCUGAAAACUAUUUGUACCGGCUUGCUCAGGGAAGUUCUUACCCAGAUGAGGUAGCAGUACUAUCGGGCAUACGAGCGUCGGAAAACUUCACAUUAACGAUACCGAAGAACAGUUCAAUCUAUCAUCUUUGUCCGUUUCUAGACGAACAUGAUGUACUCCGCGUUCGUGGUAGAACCAUCAGUUGUCCGUUUGUUAAUCAGGAUGCGGUGAAUCCUGUUAUUCUUCCACGAGACCACCACAUCACCCGUCUCGUCAUAUCCCACUACCACAGCAAAUAUCAUCAUCAAAACCAUAACACAGUUAUCAACGAGCUGCGGCAGCGAUACAGCAUCCCUCGUCUGAAGGCUGCCUACAACAGGAUCCGUCAAUGCUGUCAGCAAUGCAAGAACGACCGUGCACGACCGCAACCACCGGCUAUGAGCGACUUGCCUUUACCUCGCUUGGCCGCCUACGCUCGUCCGUUCACUUACAUGGGGGUGGACUACUUUGGACCGUUUGUGAUUAUCCUUGGACGACGUCUCGAGAAACGUUGGGUACUUCUCGCCACUUGCCUUACCACUCGUGCCAUCCACUUGCAAAUCGUUCACACAAUGACUACCGACUCUUGUAUUAUGGCACUGAGAAACGUCAUGGCUAGGAGGGGGGUACCUGCAGUCGUGUAUAGUGACAGAGGUACAAAUUUCCAGGGAGCCAGUAAAGAACUCCAAGAGGCUAUGGAGAACUUGGAUCGAGAUCGUCUAGCGGCGGAGUUCACCACCUCCCAUACGUCCUGGUAUUUCAUUCCUCCCACUUCACCGCAUAUGGGUGGAGCAUGGGAACGUCUCGUACGAACUGUCAAACAGAACCUUGGUAAACUGAAACUCAACAGAACGCUGUCCCAUGAAGUCCUCGAAAACAUGCUAACGGAGAUAGAGAAUAUCGUCAACUCUCGUCCGCUAACUAGCAUUCCAAUCGACGAUGACCAGUCACCGGUGCUAACUCCCAAUCAUUUUUUGCUGGGAUCAAGCAAUGGACUAAGGCCUUGGGUUCCGUUUGACGACAGCUCUGAAGUGCUCAAGAACUGCUGGAAGCUUUCGCAAACUUUAGCCAACCAAUUUUGGAAGCAGUGGCUUCGGGAUUAUCUUCCCUCAAUCACUCGAAGGACGAAAUGGCUCACGGAGGUGAAACCCAUCAGAGUCAACGAUAUCGUUGUCAUCGUGGACCCGAAACUUCCUCGGAACACUUGGCCUAAAGGCCGAGUUAUUGGGAUAAAGCAGGGAUCGGACGGACAGGUGCGAAGUGCUACUGUGCAGACUUUCGGUGGCAUCUACGAGCGACCAACUGUGAAGCUUGCCGUGCUCGACGUAGGCGCUGGAAGCAAUGCGCAUCAGGAUGACCAGAAGCCCAUUCCGGGGGGAGUGUUGGUUGCGCUACGUUGA